ACACACAUGGAUGUUAGAAUGGAAAGUUCUGUAAGAAUGAAGGGGCUUUUGCUGUUUCUGUUUUAUUCACUGCCACUGGUUGCCUGCAAAGCUCUUUCAGCAGUUCCUUGGUCCAUGACUGACCAGCUUCAGGUAAAUGGCACCAAAAAUAAGCCAGUAGUGAUACCCUGCAUUUUCACACAUCCUCAACAACUCGGAUACACUGGGAGGAUUGUGGUCAUUUGGAGAAAACAUAAUACAAGAGAUGGCCCAGUUGUUUUUAACUGCAGUACUAUUAACAAUACUGGCACAGGCUCAGAUGGAUGUUCGGUUGCCAGUUCAGACCGCUUCUCACUGGCUGGGAGUCCAAAGCAGAGGAACCUUUCAUUGCUCAUUAAAGACCUGCAUGUUUACGACAGUGGCCUGUAUUACUGUCGGGUAGAACUUAACUACGACAGCUAUCAAUCCAGACAUGGGGCAACACUAAAUGUACCAGCCCCAGCCCAAAUCCUACAGCUGUCCCUGGUCCCUGAUCCCCAGUCAGGAUACAGUCUGCUGUGCACUGCAGAGGGAAACCCCUUACCCUCCAUCACAUGGAUCACUCCCGGGGGCAAGGUCACCAUUAGCAGCUAUGUCAGAAGAGACACAACCCUGUACCAGACAACAGGAAUACUUCACAUGCAGGCAGUAGACAGCUACAGCUGUGUGGCCACAAAUAAGUAUGGCAAUGCAGAGGAAGUGUACAAUAAGAAAGAAACUUAUAGUACAUCUAUUAUAGUAACAUGCAUCGUAUUUCUUCUCCUCUUGGGUAUGCUGCUUGGCAUGUUAUUCUGGUUGAAAAGGAAAGGCACCCUGAAAUCAUGUGGACCUCCCUUGUGUUUGAGAGGACAGCGACUGGCUCCUUCAUCGAGUGCACAAGGUGGCCAUAACGAAGGCACAACAUCAGAUCAAGAGGUCUCUGGCAUCCCUUUAUAUGCUAACGUCAUUCAGAAAACUGAAAAACAAACAGAAAGCCAAAGUCACUGCAUGUACACUGAAAUUGAAUUUAUGAGAGAAGAGAAAGGUCCCAGGAGUUGUGCAGUGAACACUGAAGAGCAAGGUGUCCUGUAUACCGACAUUGCAUUCAGAAAUCCUCAGAAAUAAAGCAACCGUGCAAUGCAAACCAUACAAACCAUACCAGGAUCACAGGACAAACUGCUGGAGGACAUGGCAACACCAACAUCCGGUCAUAUCUGGCAGCGCUGCUUGCCUUCUUGCUUGGCAUGGUUUAAGGGAUAUUUCCCAGACGUAGGAAAAUGACUUAAUGAGUAACUUGGUACAGAUGUAAAAUAUCAGUUAUCUUAACCAAUGUUUCUUCUUGUUGUUUAGAUUCAGAGUGUUGCAGGGACUGGUUAAUGAUUACACUCUCAGUGUUGUGUUGAGCCUGCAGUGGUACUACUUCAGGGUGUUAAAGUCACCAUGUAAUCAGCGAAACAGAAAAUGAUACAAACUGAAGCUAAACAACAAAAAGAAUACAAUAAUUAAGAUAACUGUCAUCUUUUAUACCCAUACCAAGUUUCCCCCACUCAGUACCGCCCCAUCUCUUGUGGACAGCAGAGGAAUACUCACUCCACCAAGGAAAGCUGUAGACUCCUUCUCUCACUGCAUCUGGAAUUCUGGCCUGGCUUUUAAUAAAACACUCUUUAUAUUCAAGACUUAGGAGGGGAAUUGGUACUGCAGCUUUCUUAUUUGAGGUAUCUGUAGCAAACUGGAUUCAUUUUUUCAAUUGUUUAAAGACAAGCAGAUGCUGUUUCUGACCAAUAUUUACUUUUUACUAGUUUUGUAGCAUUGGGCCAUACCUACUGUGUAAACAGUACAAUGCUGUUGUUUGUUUUGAAUGAAUUAAAUACAUUUUAAUAUUCAUGAACCUGU